AUGGACACCCAGUAUCACAACAUGUCCCUCAAGGAGGUGCUGGAGAAGGAGGUCGAGUGCUCGGCGCUCGAGAAGCUGGACCUUCAGGAGACGAUCGAGAUGCAAAACGACACCAUCGCGUCGCUCACCGCCGAGCUUGCUCGAGUCACCGAGGCACUCCGUGUGUCGGAAGCCUGGAGGAUGCUGGCGGCGCCGCCGUCGGCGACCGAGCAAGCUCCGAGCGAGGGUGGCUCCGCGGAUUCGGCCAACACAGGGACCGGAGCCAAGAGAGAUGAUGGGAAACCCACGCCACCCCCCAAGACGGCAGAGGAGGCCAGUUACGAGCUCAACGUGGUGCAACCUUGGCGGGAGGCAAAGACCGUGCGGGACGCUUGGCGCCUCUGGAACUCCGCCACCGCUAAUGACACCCGUCGUCUUUGCGACAGGGUCGCCGAGCUGGGGUUCAUCGACCGCCAUACCCUCCUCAAAGGCGCGACCCAGGGUGCACUCAACAUGAGGGUGUGCCGCAUGCUGAAGGCCAUUGAUGCGGUCCGCCAGCUAGGCGCGAGCGACCGCGAUGCCGACACCGAAGCCGUGGUCGAUGCACUGAACACGAUCGCGGCACCGGGCAUUGGGACCUUCUGCGAUGCCCUCACGGUGCUCAACCCGGAGACGGCACCGACGAUGUCCAAGGAGCCUGGCAUGGGCGUCAAGGGGCUUGCCCCCAAGGUGGUCUCGAAGCUACGCCUCGCCUGUGCGCUGGUGGCGCUCGAGCUGAAGCCGAGGACGUGGGUCGACCGCCUGUUUCUAGACACCUGGGAGCGUAGGUUGCUGAUGCCCUAA